CUGUGUUAUUACAACUUCCUUUAAACUUUCUUCCAUUAACAUUGAACCUAAUUUUCAAGCAGAGCAAAUUUCCUGUAGCUUAGUGUGGCAUGUUAUUUAUGUAGACACGGCUUUAGAUAUUAAAAUGCCGUGGUAUCAGUUAGGCCAUUAUCUAAAGCAAGACUUGUAUGAUAGAUGUCCUAAACGCAACGUAAUGGAUCAAGAUAAUAAAUCAUCAAACUUAUUAAAUUUAACUGUCUCAAAUACUAAGCCUCUCAAAAAAUCCAAACACUCAAUAUUGCAAAAUGCAACAACAGAUCAAGGCAUGACAGUAUAUAAAGGAGGAUAUACACUAACGCUAACGCAAAUGACUCAAAUUAGCUGUGCGAUCAAGGUGUGCAAGGAGCUUAUAAAAAAUUUGCACCGUGAUGGAUUGGAUCGUGGGUUUAUUGCAACUUUCAAUAACACAAUGGUAAUAAGGCAGGGUUUCACUAAAGAUGAAGAGUUACUUCAUCGUUCUCUCGACAGAUUAAUAAAUGGUGGCACUCGCAUUUAUGACAGUAUGGUUGAUUCUGUAAAAGCUUUCCGUAAUAAUGGUGACCGUACCCAUCCUUGGAUCUUGAUCGUAGUUACUGACGGAGAUGACACAAGUAGUUGUGCGAACGAAGUAUCCCGUUUAUUUACUAAUGAAUCCAGUAACUUUUUAUUUGUUCUCGGUCUUGGAGACAACGUAAACUCUAAAAGGUUGGAAGAGAGCUACCACUUUAAAUCUCUUUCUCCUACGAGUUUAUCUGUUGGUAAUGUUUCCACAUCAUGGGCCGAAAUUCGAAGUCAAAGAGAGCUUAGUAAAUUAACAAUUGAUUAUGCACUUUUGAUCGAUGUGUCAGGAUCUAUGAAGAAUAAAAUACUCCCAAAU